AUAAAGGAACGCACCCUAUGUCUAUGUCGGUGAGCAGCGUCGCAGAACUCGUGAUCUCACGAAUGUAACGCCGUUGGCGGUUGGCACUGUUGGCAGUCGUUGCGGAACUUGUAAGGACGGUUCGCGCAGCGGAAUAUCGCAACAAUCAGCAACAGAAGGAUAGAAAUAAUUGAACGUCGUCGUCAUUAUGGGCAAGCAGAAUGGCGAGGAUUUGGAUCAGGAUGCGCAAGAGCGGAUGCUCAAGGAAGAUAGCACCGCAAAGAUCGCAAUCGACAAGGAUGAUAAGACUACCGAGGUAAAAUUUAUCUCAGAGAAUGGAGAUGCCAAGAUCGAUAUUGAGAUGGUAAAAGUGGCUCUUGCUGGAAUGAACAAGGAAGAAUUAAUGAAAUUUGCAAAUGACCCAUUCUGGGUGAGACUAAGAUGGGCUUUAUUCGUCAUCUUUUGGCUGAUAUGGGCAGCUAUGUUGGCUGGUGCUAUAGCUAUCAUCGUGAUGGCACCAAAAUGCUCUGCACCUGAGCCAAGAAAAUUGUGGGAAGAGAGUCCAAUUGUUGAAUUAGAUGCUUCAUCAGAUGCUCCUAAUGGUGAUUUGAAAGGAUUAGAAUUUAUAUUGGACAAUUUAAAAAAUCAAAACAUCAAGGCUAUAUCUCUCUCAUCCCUGGUGAAGGAAAGCGCAGACGGAGGAAUUAUAGAUUUUAGAGCCAUCAAACCGGAAUUAGGAAACAUCAGCGAUUUGGAAAAUCUUAUUAAAGUGGCAAGAGGAAAUAAUCAACAAGUCUUUUUGGAAUUAGAUCCUAAUCAUUCUUCUGUGGAACAUCCGUGGUUUAAACAAUCUGUAGAGAAGCAAGAUCCAUUCACAUCCUACUAUGUAUGGGCUGAUGGUAUAAAAUCUGAAGAUGGAAAAGAAAGGCGAAGUCCUCCUAAUAAUUGGCUAAGUGUAUAUGGUGGAUCUGCAUGGGAAUGGAACGAACAAAGAGGUCAAUAUUAUCUUCACCAAUUUAAUAAAUCGCAACCUGAUUUGAAUUACAACAAUCCAGCAGUGAUAACAGAAUUUGGAGAUAUUUUAACUCAUUGGCUGAAAUUAGGCCUUAGUGGUUUUCGUUUAGUGAAUACGCAAUAUUUAACGGAAGAUCCACAAUUGCAUGAUGAGUCUAGAAGCAUUCUUCCUGUAGAAUCAAGCAAUUAUCAAUCAUUGGUGCAUGUUUACACACGCGAUCGUUCAGAGAAUGCUGCGGUGUUGGCAAAGUGGCAAAGAAUAGUUCACAAUGAAACUGCCGGCGAAGGAUUAUUCGCAUUGCAAGAUGAUAUUGGCGCAGACAUUUUGCAAGUUUAUAACGAUAAGACAACGCUUGAUUUACCACAAAGUUCGCAUUUUCUCACCACUGCAAAUGCAAAUAUAAACGCAACAGACUUACGUAAAAGUAUAUCACAAUGGCUUGCUGUUACGCCAUGGCCUGCGUGGAAUGUGAAUGGCAAACAACUUUCUUUAAGGCAACGUAUGCCUAAAGACGUUGCUGACAGUAUCGUGUUAAUGACUAUGUUAUUACCAGGCACGCCAAUUCUUCAAUUGGAAGAUGUCAUGUCCGCGAAAGAUGCGUUUGCAACUUUAUCAAAUGCUCGAAGUAGUUUAACAUUCCUUCACGGAAAUAUGACGCUUAGAAUAGUGAAUGGAACUGUCUUCGUAUACGCAAGGAAUUGGUUAAAAAGCGGCAAUCCUGGAUAUCUCGUCGCGUAUCAGACGGGAGAAGAAUCGGUUGUUAUAAAUUUGUCUGGAAUUCCACGGAUAUCGGAAGAAAUCAAUGUAGUCGCGCAUAGUCCCAACUAUAUCCAAGAUACAGAGGUCUUAAAAACAAAAUUGCCAUCGGAUGCAGUGCCCAUAUCACCGAAGAGCACACUCAUUUUAACAUUUGUACCAAAAGAGUAAUCGGUCCAAGAUGGAAAGAGAUUAAUCGCUUCAAAUGCAAGAAUAAUUGCUGUAUAUGAUAUAUGUAUUUUUGUUUCAAUAUACAAGAUUUAAAGAACAGAUUUAUUGUCCAAAAAGAUUAGAAUUGUAUCAAAACAGAGUGAUAUAAACAGAACAGAAGCUCAUGGUCCUAAAAACUUA